AUGUCAGUGAACAUUUCUACGGCAGGAAAAGGUGUGGAUCCAAAUACGGUUGAUACUUAUGACAGUGGCGAUGAUUGGGAAAUCGGGGUUGGAAAUUUAAUAAUUGAUUUGGACGCUGAUUUGGAGAAGGACAGACAGAAAUUUGAAAUGAAUAAUUCCACCAACACUACUAGCAGCAGCAACUCUAAGGAUUGUGGAGGUCUGGCCUCCAGUGGGGCCGGCGCUCCCGCAGCCUUAGCUGAUGGCCUAAAAUUUGCUUCUGUUCAGCCCUCUGCUCCCCAGGGGAAUUCACACAAAGAGACCAGCAAAUCAAAAGUGAAAAGGAGUAAAACUUCUAAGGAUGCUAAUAAAUCUCUGCCUUCUGCUGCCUUGUAUGGGAUUCCCGAGAUCAGCGGCACUGGCAAGAGGCAGGAAGUCCAAGGGCGCCCUGGAGAGGCAACUGGCAUGAAUUCAGCGCUGGGUCAAAGUGUGAGCGGCGGCGGCGGCGGCGGCGGCGGCAACCCGAACAGCAAUAGUACCAGCACUGGCACCUCCGCUGCUACCGCGGGGGCAGCCUCCUGCGGGAAAAGCAAAGAGGAGAAGCCAGGUAAAAGCCAGAGCAGCCGAGGAGCCAAGCGGGAUAAGGAUGCGGGGAAAUCCAGGAAGGACAAGCACGACCUGCUUCAGGGCCACCAGAAUGGCAGUGGCAGCCAGGCCCCUUCCGGGGGGCACCUCUAUGGCUUUGGGGCCAAGAGCAAUGGAGGUGGCGCGAGCCCCUUCCACUGCGGGGGCACUGGGAGUGGCAGCGUCACGGCUGCCGGGGAAGUUAGCAAAAGUGCCCCGGAUUCAGGGCUCAUGGGAAACUCUAUGUUGGUAAAGAAGGAAGAGGAGGAGGAGGACAGCCACAGGCGAAUCAAGAAACUGAAAACUGAGAAGGUUGACCCCCUGUUCACAGUGCCAGCGCCUCCGCCGCCGAUCGCCAGCAGUCUCACGCCUCAGCUUCUGCCCUCCUACUUUCCCCCAUCUUCAUCCAAUAUUGCAGCACCGGUUGAACAGCUUUUGGUUCGGACUCGUUCCGUGGGUGUCAAUACGUGUGAAGUUGGAGUAGUGACAGAGCCAGAGUGUCUUGGGCCCUGUGAACCCGGAACCAGUGUGAAUUUGGAAGGGAUCGUGUGGCAUGAAACAGAAGAAGGUGUCCUAGUGGUCAAUGUCACGUGGAGGAACAAGACUUACGUAGGGACCUUACUGGACUGCACCAAGCACGACUGGGCCCCUCCCAGGUUCUGCGAGUCACCAACCAGCGACCUGGAGAUGAGAGGGGGCCGAGGCCGAGGGAAAAGAGCAAGGUCUACCGCAGCUGCCCCGGGCUCGGAGGCCAGCUUCAUAGAGUCCAGAGGGCUGCAGAACAAGAACAGAGGAGGGGCCAAUGGGAAGGGGAGGCGGGGCAGCCUCAACGCCAGCGGGCGGAGGACACCCCCGAAUUGUGCUGCUGAGGACAUCAAAGCCAGCCCCUCCUCCACCAACAAAAGGAAAAACAAGCCUCCGAUGGAGCUGGACCUGAACUCCAGCUCCGAGGACAGUAAGCCCGGGAAGCGUGUCCGCACAAAUUCCAGAAGCACUCCCACCACCCCUCAAGGGAAACCAGAGACGACUUUUUUGGACCAGGGCUGUUCUUCUCCUGUGUUGAUUGAUUGUCCCCACCCAAACUGCAACAAAAAGUACAAGCACAUCAACGGCCUCAGGUACCACCAGGCUCAUGCCCACUUAGACCCAGAGAACAAGCUGGAGUUCGAACCAGAUAGUGAGGACAAGAUCUCAGACUGCGAGGAGGCCUUGAGCAAUGUGGCGCUGGAAUGCAGCGAGCCAAGCACAAGUGUAUCAGCUUAUGAGCAGGUGAAGGCGCCAGUGUCCCCUGGCUCAGGGAACCCCCCCGGCACCCCCAAGGGAAAGAGAGAGCUCCUGAGCAACGGCCCAGGUUCUAUUAUUGGAGCGAAGGCUGGGAAGAAUUCUGGCAAAAAGAAGGGUCUUAACAAUGACCUCAAUAAUCUUCCAGUCAUCUCCAACAUGACAGCCACCUUAGACAGCUGCUCAGCAGUGGACGGCAGUUUGACUGUGGAAAUGCCCAAACUGGAAGCAGAAGGAUUAAUUGACAAGAAAACUUUGGGAGAGAAAGAAAAGGGCAAAAAAGCCAACAAUUGCAAAAUGGACAAAAACCUCUCUAAACUUAAAACUGCCCGGCCCAUUGCCCCUGCCCCGGCUCCCACACCCCCGCAGCUAAUCGCUAUUCCCACUGCAGCCUUUCCAAGCACCACUACGGGGACCAUACCCGGACUGACCACAGUUGUUCAGGCCACACCAAAGAGUCCUCCGUUAAAACCCAUUCAGCCAAAGCCCACAAUUAUGGGGGAGCCCAUCACCGUGAACCCAGCCCUCGUGUCCCUCAAGGACAAAAAGAAAAAGGAGAAGCGAAAGCUGAAGGACAAAGAAGGGAAAGAGACGGGGAGCCCGAAAAUGGAUGCAAAGCUGGGCAAACUCGAGGAUGCCAAGGGGACUGGGAAAGAUUUAUCCGGACAUUUUUUAAAGGACCAUCUCAGCAAGAAUGAAGGGCUGGCAAAUGGACUGUCCGAGUCUCAAGAGAGUCGAAUGGCUAGUAUCAAAGCCGAGGCUGAUAAGGUUUACACUUUUACAGACAACGCUCCCAGCCCUUCCAUCGGGAGUGCCUCAAGGAUGGAGUGCAGCACUUUGGUGAACGGACAGGCGCCCAUGGCCCCGCUGCACGUGCUGACCCAGAACGGAGCCGAGAGUUCUGCGGCCAAGACGAGCAGCCCCGCCUACUCAGACAUCUCCGAUGCUGCUGAUGACGGUGGUUCUGACAGCAGGUCAGAGGGCGUGAGGUCGAAGACCAGUUCCCCAUCAGAUAUACUCCCUAGUAAGGACGGCGCUGCGAAAGGACAUUCUUCAACGACAGCACAAUCAUCUCAAAUGAAAGAGUCCCACUCUCCCUAUUACCAUGGCUACGAUCCUUAUUAUUCUCCCAGUUACAUGCACCCUGGGCAAGUGGGCGCCCCUGUAGCUGGGAAUGGCGGGAGCACACAGGGGAUGAAGAUCAAGAAGGAGUCUGAGGAAGAAGCGGAUAAGAAAGACAAGGCAGAGCAGCUCGAGGCUAAGAAAGUGGACCAUAAUCCUGCAUCCUUACAGCCUCAGCACCAGUCGGUGAUCACCCAGAGACACCCGGCCCUGGCUCAGUCACUGUAUUACGGCCAGUAUGCCUACGGGCUCUAUAUGGACCAGAAGUCUCUGAUGGCCACCAGCCCUGCCUAUAGACAGCAGUAUGAGAAGUACUAUGAGGACCAGAGGCUGGCAGAGCAGAAAAUGGCCCAAACUGGGAGAGGAGACUGUGAAAGGAAAAAUGAGCUCCCUUUGAAAGAGCUGGGCAAGGAGGACAGUAAACAGAAAAACAUGCCAUCGGCCACAGUCUCAAAAGCUCCCUCUACUCCGGAGCCUAACAAAAACCAUUCUAAACUAGGGCCGUCAGUGCCUAAUAAAACUGAGGAGACAGGUAAAUCGCAGCUUCUCUCCAGUCACCAGCAGCAGCUUCAGGCCGACAGCUUCAAAGCUAAGCAGAUGGAAAACCACCAGCUUAUUAAGGAGGCUGUAGAAAUGAAAUCUGUCAUGGACUCUAUGAAGCAGACAGGUGUAGACCCAACCUCGAGAUUUAAACAAGAUCCAGAUACAAGGACAUGGCAUCAUUAUGUAUACCAACCCAAAUACCUGGAUCCACAAAAGUCAGAAGAACUUGAUAGAGAAAAGAAAUUAAAAGAGGAUAGUCCCAGAAAAACCCCCAACAAAGAGAGUGGUGUGUCCAGCCUUCCUGUAUCGUUAACAAGCAUCAAAGAGGAGCCCAAAGAGGCCAAACGUCCUGAUUCUCAGUCCUUGGAUGAGGGCAAACUGAAAAGCGAUGAUCGGAAGACUCCUGUGAACUGGAAGGACUCUCGGGGAACCAGAGUGGCUGUCUCCUCGCCCAUGAGUCAGCAUCAGUCCUACAUACAGUACUUGCAUGCUUAUCCUUACCCGCAGAUGUACGACCCCAGCCACCCUGCAUACCGGGCCGUCUCUCCCGUCCUAAUGCACAGUUACCCUGGGGCCUAUCUCUCUCCAGGAUUUCAUUAUCCUGUUUAUGGGAAGAUGUCAGGGAGAGAAGAGGCAGAGAAAGUCAAUACCAGCCCUAGCAUCAACACGAAAGCAGCCCCUGAAUCGAAAGCACUGGAUUUGCUCCAGCAGCAUGCCAACCAAUACCGCAGCAAGUCUCCUGCCCCUGUGGAAAAGACCUCAGCUGAGCGGGAGCGGGAAGCCGAGAGGGAGAGGGACCGCCACUCCCCCUUUGGCCAGCGGCACCUGCAUACUCACCACCACACCCACGUGGGCAUGGGGUACCCACUCAUCCCUGGGCAGUAUGACCCUUUCCAAGGCUUGACCUCUGCUGCCCUCGUUGCCUCUCAGCAGGUGGCUGCACAGGCAUCUGCAUCAGGAAUGUUUCCUGCACAAAGAAGGUAA